AUGCAAGACAUCGCCUUCCUGUCUGGUGGCCGGGGAAAGGACAAUGCUUGGAUCAUUACAUUUCCAGAAAACUGUAAUUUUAGAUGUAUACCAGAGGAAGCAAUAGCAAAAGUCCUCACUUACCUGACAUCUAUUGCAAGGCAAAAUGGAUCUGAUUCCCAGUUUACCAUUAUUUUGGAUCGAAGAUUGGAUACAUGGUCCUCUCUUAAGAUAUCUCUCCAAAAAAUCUCUGCUUCUUUCCCUGGGAACUUGCACUUAGUUUUGGUUUUACGUCCUACCAGUUUUCUUCAACGAACUUUCACAGACAUUGGAUUUCGAUUUAGUCAGGAGGAUUUCAUGCUCAAAUUACCAGUUGUUAUGCUGAGCUCAGUUAGUGAUUUGCUGGCAUACAUUGAUGACAAGCAAUUAACCCCUGAGUUAGGCGGCACCUUGCAGUACUGCCACAGUGAAUGGAUCAUCUUCAGAAAUGCUAUAGAAAAUUUUGCCCUCACAGUGAAAGAAAUGGCUCAGAUGUUACAGUCCUUUGGAACUGAACUCGCUGAGACAGAACUACCAGAUGAUAUUCCUUCAAUAGAAGAAAUCCUGGCAAUUCGUGCCGAAAGGUAUCAUUUAUUGAAGAAUGAUAUUACAGCUGUAACCAAAGAAGGAAAAAUUCUUCUAACAAAUCUGGAAGUGCCUGACACUGGAGAAGCUGUCAGUUCGAGUAUUGAACGUCAUCAGCAAAUAAAUGGUGACUGGCAAACUAUUAAUAAAUUGCUGGCUCAAGUGCAUGACAUGGAAACAGCUUUUGAUGGAUUUUGGGAAAAACACCAAUUAAAAAUGGAACAGUAUCUGCAACUGUGGAAGUUUGAGCAAGAUUUUCAAAAGCUUGUCACUGAAGUUGAACUUCUAUUAAAUCAGCAAGCUGAGCUGGAUGAUGUAACAGGGAAUAUAGCUCAAGUAAAACAAAAAAUUAAAAAAUUGGAAAACUUAGAUGAAAAGUCUCAGGAUCUAUUAACAAAGGCCCGAUUUGUGAUAUUACAUGGACACAGGCUUGCAGCAAAUCACCAUUAUGCACUUGAUUUAAUCUGUCAGAGAUGCAAUGAGCUACGUUACCUUUCUGAUAUUUUGGUUAAUGAGAUCAAGGCAAAACGGAUUCAGCUUAGCAGGACCUUCAAAAUGCAUAAACUCCUACAACAGGCUCGUCAGUGCUGUGAUGAAGGGGAAUGUCUUUUAGCUAAUCAGGAAGUGGAUAAGUUUCAGUCUAAAGAAGAUGCCCAGAAAGCCCUUCAAGACAUUGAAAAUUUUCUUGAAAUGGCUCUACCUUUUAUCAAUUAUGAUGCUGAAACCCUGCAGUAUGAAUUUGAUGUAAUGUUAUCUCCUGAACUCAAGGUUCAAAUGCAGACUGUCCAACUCAAGCUUGAAAAUAUUAGAACUAUAUUUGAGAAUCAGCAGGCUGGUUUCAGGAACCUGAGAGAUAAGCAUGUGAGGCCAAUCCAAUUUGUGGUACCUGCCUCUGAAAAUUUGAUCAGAGCUAGAGCACCAUUUUUUCCAACUAAACAUGUGGGAAUUGGAUACUCUUUCUUUCAAGCAUGUAAGCUUUUUUCAAAAGGGAAGAAGACUUGGAGACAAAAUCAGAGCAACUUAAAGAUUGAAGUAGUCCAUGAUUGUCAGGAGAAGAGAAGUUCUGCUCAACCCUCCAGUUUGGACAAUGACAAUAGCUUGGAUGUUUUAAAGAACCAUGUCCUAAAUGAGCUGAUACAGACUGAGAGAGUGUAUGUUCGAGAGCUAUUUACUGUUCUGUUGGGCUAUCGAGCGGAGAUGGAUAAUCCAGAGAUGUUUGAUCUUAUGCCACCUGUCCUGAGAAAUAAAAAAGAUGUUCUCUUUGGAAAUAUGGCAGAAAUAUAUGAAUUCCAUAACAACAUUUUCAUGAGCAGUCUGGAAAAUUGCUCUGAUGCUCCAGAAAGAGUGGGACCUUGCUUCCUGGAAAGGAAGGAUGAUUUUCAGAUAUAUGCAAAAUACUGUCAGAAUAAGCCUAGAUCAGAGAUAAUUUGGAAGAAGUAUUCAGAAUGUGCCUUUUUCCAGGAAUGUCAGAGAAAAUUAAAACACAGACUUGGUCUGGAUUCCUAUUUGCUCAAGCCAGUACAGCGAAUCACUAAAUAUCAGUUACUCUUAAAGGAGCUAUUAAAAUAUAGCAAGGACUGUGAAGGAUCUACUCAAUUAAAGGAGGCCCUUGACACAAUGCUGGAUUUACUGAAGUCAGUUAAUGACUCCAUGCAUCAGAUUGCAAUAAAUGGCUACAUUGGAAACUUAAAUGAGCUUGGCAAGAUGAUAAUGCACGGUGGAUUCAGUGUCUGGAUAGGGCACAAGAAAGGUGCUACAAAAAUGAAGGAUUUUGCUAGAUUCAAACCAAUGCAGCGACACCUCUUCUUGUAUGAGAAAGCUGUUGUUUUCUGCAAAAGGCGCACUGAAUCUGGAGAAGGCUCUGAUAGAUACCCAUCAUAUAGUUUUAAGCAUUGUUUGAAAAUGGAUGAAGUUGGAAUCACAGAAUAUGUAAAAGGUGACAACCGCAAGUUUGAAAUCUGGUAUGGUGGGAAGGAAGAAGUUUAUAUUAUACAGGCUCCGAAUGUAGAUGUGAAGAUGUCAUGGUUAAAAGAAAUAAGAAAUAUUUUGUUGAAGCAACAGGAACUUAUGACAGUUAAAAAACGGAAGCAACAAGAUCCGAUUACAGAACAGGAACGGCUUUCUCCUCAGCAGAGUGAUGAAAAGCAACAGGGAGCUUUUCUAAGUAUCCAGGAGACUGAAUCGGAACAACCCAGUGCUAUGGUGGCGGUCAGUGAGGCAGUUGUGUCAGUUCAGGCAGAAGCAAAUGCAGUUUGGACUGAGAUGUCACAAUCUGCAGGAAUCUCUGAAGAGCCUGAGGAAUGGUCAAGCAACUAUUUCUACUCUACUUAUGAUGACCAUGAAGAAGAAGAUAGGCCCCUAAUGAGACCCGUGUCAGAGAUGGCUCUCCUAUUUUGAUGAAGCUGCUAUGUCAAAUAGCAAGUAGCUCUUUCCUGCCCGCUCCUCAGCUCAUUUGGAAAAAAUACUGCUCAAAAGACAUUCAGCCCAAAUGAUGUGGAUAUUGUUUUCAGGUUGAUUCCUUUGGACAUGCAAAGAAUCAACAGCACAUAACUAUUUCCUUACUUUCAUUUACAACAUUUUAAUUAUGAUACUCUUUAUUUCUAAAAUCAUGCAUUUCAACAUGUAAAAUAUUGUGCUGCAAAAAUUCUCAUCUCGGAAUACUUUUGGACUUGAAAAAUCACUUCUUCUCUAUCUACUUUGUAACCAAAUGCAAUCAGUGUGCCUUGGAUUAUUUAGCUUAUUAUGAACUAAGUUAAAAUUAUGGCUGCAAAAUGAUUACAGUCAAGUGAAGCACAACAUUAUGAUUUAAUAUGCUUUUAUUGAACCUAGAGCUUUGGUGCCUCUUACUUUAACCUGUGCAAAAUGGUAGAGUUCAUAAAUCCUUUGGGGGGGUGUUAGUAAAUUUUGUUCAGGGCUAUUGCCUUUUGUAUGUGCCAAGAUAAAAUUUUCCUGACAGUAGUUUACAAAUAAUUGUAUUUAAAAUUUAAUAUUUUCAUGCUUGUUUUCUUUUCUGGGUUUAUGCUUAUAAUUCAUGUAACAAAUUAGUUGUGCUCUAUUAUUUUCUGUA